AUGUCAUUCUUUGAUGAUGAUAUAAAGAGAUCAGUAUGGGAUGGAAAGAUACCUGUUAUGUUUUCGAUGAGUGGCAAUGAUGUGACGCAUCAUACAAUGCCUGCACCAUAUAUGAUGAUGGUUCCUCGUAAUUCAUACUUUCCUCUAGUUACAGGUGCCGUCCGUGACUACUUUUCACACAGUACACUCAUCAUGUCAGACAAUGAACUCUGGCUCGAGUACAAGGGCAUACCGAUCAAGUGGCAUCUACCCAUAGGUGUAUUAUUCGACGUGCUAGUUGGAAGUGAAAGUGGCACUCAGAUAUGGAAUCUAACCGUUCACUUUCAAUCAUUCCCAGAGAAAAUAUUAUUAAGAUGUCCAAAUGAGGAAUCCGUUGAAACUUAUUAUAAAAAUGUAUUAAAAGAAGCAAAUUAUAUUAAACAGGGUGAUAUUAAUAAAUUAAAUAAUUUAAAUAUUAAUCAAUCAAAUGAACUUUGGGAUGGGUUAAGACAACAUAUAUUUCCUUUUUUCCACGUAGAUGAUUAUGAUAAAUUUUGGUCAAUUAACAAAUUAUUUUAUAAUGUAAAUGUUGGAGGAUCUUCGACUGGGAUUGGAUAUAAGCAUAUUCCAGUUAGAUUAAUUCAAAAUAACAGGCCAUAUGUACAAAAUCUAAUAGCUCCAUAUAACGAAUCGGGUGCUGAGCUUACAUUGUCUGAUUAUUUCUCAAAAAUACCAUUCUAUUCUAUAUUUAUCGGUGGUGCCACCGAACCUUCAUCCUCUUCACCAACAACAACCAAUACUGGUGAAUUAUCAACAUCUUCAUCAUCUACAUCGAUGGCCUAUACAAAUCUAUUACAAUACAUUAAAGCUGGUGCUGGCAAAUAUCUUAUACAGGGUGUUGAACCACCUUUGGAAUCUUCAUUUUUGUGGUUGGGUGAAUACUUUAGUCAUCCCGAUAACUUUUUGUACAUUACUUUAAUCGAUUCUACCAACCAACUCUCCUUGUCCUCUUCUUCAAUUCCAACUUCACCAAAACAACAACAAACUAUAUAG